AUGAACGUCAUCAAGUCUCGUCCCCUAUCACGGCUCUAUGGCAACUCGGUCCCGGUCCGUCUUCCUUGUCGAAGAAGAAACAUCUCCAUCCAGCGGAUCGCCGGCUCCAUUGGCGCCGAAAUCCAUGAUGUCGACCUGACUCUCCUCCCCGAGAACCCCGGCUUGGUCCAAGAAAUCCGCGAAGCCUUCCUCGAGCACCAGGUCAUCUUCUUCCGGAAGCAAGAGCUCAGUCCUGAGUCAUUCCUGACCUUUACAUCGCACUUCGGCAAGCCCGUCGAGUACCCUUUCGUCAAGGGCAUCGACGGCUUCCCCACGAUCAUUCAGGUCCUCAAACAGGAGCACGAAACCAUCAACUUUGGCGGCAUCUGGCACAGCGACACGUCGUAUUUCGCCGAGCCGCCCAUGGCCUCGGUGCUACUCGCCAAGGAAGUGCCCCCUUUCGGCGGCGACACGCUCUUCGCCAACCAGUACGCCGCCUAUGACUCUCUUUCCGAGGGUCUCAAGGACACGCUCUCCUCGCUCAAGGCCGUGAAUACGUCCGCAAAGGCCGACGCCAGCAAGACGCGCGAAGACCGGAUUCGGGACAGCGGGAACAGUGCGGCGAAAGAGUCCCUCGAAGCUGUGCAUCCCGUGGUCCGCACACAUCCAGAGACGGGCCGCAAGGCGCUGUAUGUGAAUGUCGCGCAUACGUCGCACUUCGAAGGGUGGACCGAGGACGAAUCGGCGCCAUUGUUGAAGUUUUUGUUCAGUCAUCAGAUCAAGCCCGAGUUGACGUGCCGGUUUCGAUGGGAUGCAGGUAGCAUUGCGUUCUGGGACAAUCGGUGUGUGCAACAUAAUCCCAUCAACGACUACCACGGAUUCAGGCGAAGGAUGUUGCGGAUCACUUUGGCGGGGGAUAAACCAAGGUAGGGAAAUUGUCUGAAUGCUCUUCAUUAGGCCUCGCCAUCACACCCGCCUAUCCAAUAUCCAAGAGCAUAUCCCAUGUUAGAUAGCAUUCU